CGCGACGCAUUCAGCGGGAGUCGGCCUAGAGGGGAGACGGCACAGUCUUACAAAUGGCCAUGGACGUGAGGAAGGGAAUUUUCGUGUUAUUAGUCCUUUCCGUGACGCUGGUUUCGGGUUAUUCUAAAUACCGGGUGAGACCCGUUAGUAAGUCCGUGUACAGACACUAUGUGGAUAAAUACCGAGGAUACCGGAACUCAUAUGCCGGGUAUUAUCCCAACAGAAGACCCGGCUAUAGAUCUCUGGGACAAUUCAUUGGAAGGGAUUUUCAUCUCCAGCGGUCAUUGCCUCGUUUUAAAUCCGGAUACCAGAAAGGGGACCAAUACUUAAACAGAGGACGGAAAGGCGUGUUGAUCCGUCCGAUCCCCAAGUAUAGGCUGCCUCCGCCAUUACAAGGCCGUCCUUACAGGCCGAGCCCGACUCGAUGCCCAAAAUACGAAACUCUGGUGUGUUCGCCAGCUCCGUAUAAUAUGAGGUCGGGAAAAUGCUUUAGUAUAUGCAGAAACGGAAAACCUUGCUAUAAACCAUGCUCCUGCACAUGCGUUCCAUCAAUGGGUGGGAAAUUUAAAGGAUCUAAACUGCUUCCGCUUGGAAAAAAAUCAACCAUACCUUUCUGCAAGAAAUCACAGCUCUUAAGAUGCCGCGCAAAUAAAUAUUCACCCGCUUCUCACGGUCUAUGUGUUAAGGCAUGCGCAGAUGGAGUUUGUCCAAUUUCCUGUAACUGCCAAUGUGUAGUGGAUAGACAAUUUAUUGGGGGUGGUGUCGUAGGAUUCUCCGGCAGAAAUGGAGGACAAAGGAGAGGAGUGGGAUUUGGUGGCAAUGGAGGAAGUGGAUUUGGCGGUGGAAGCGGUCAAGGAUUUGGCGGCAAUGGUGGCGGUGGAUUUGGUGGUGGCGGCGGUGGCGGUGGAUUUGGCGGUAAUGGAGGCGGUGGAUUUGGCGGCGGAGUGGGUGGUGGAUUUGGAGGCAACGGAGGCGGAGGAUUUGGUGGUGGCGGCAGAGGUGGCGGUGGAUUUGGAGGCGGUGGAUUUGGUGGUGGUGGCGGCGGUGGAUUUAACGGAGGCGGAGGAUUUGGUGGUGGCGGCGGAGGCGGCGGUGGAUUUGGAGGCAACGGAGGCGGAGGAUUUGGUGGUGGCGGCGGCGGUGGAUUUGACGGCAACGGAGGCGGAGGAUUUGGUGGUGGCGGCGGAGGUGGCGGUGGAUUUGGAGGCAACGGAGGCGGAGGAUUUGGUGGUGGCGGCGGAGGUGGAUUUGGAGGCAAUGGUGGCGGAGGUGGAUUUGGUGGCGGUGGAAUUGGCAUCGGACAAGAUAUUAAUGGUGGAAUAGAAGGCCCAGGCAUUGGGUUUGACAACGGAUUGGAUUUCGGAAACGAAUUAGGCAUUGAUAAUGGAUUAGGAAUCGCCGUUGGAUCCGGUGGGACUGGACAAGGAUUUGGGGGUGGUGUUGGCAAUGAAUUAGAUUUUGGAAAUGGAGUAGGCGCAGGAGGUGAUCUAGGACUUGGUGGAGGAUUUGGAUUAGGGAAUGAUCUAGGAGGAAUAUCUAACGACGUUGGAGUGGGAAUUUCCAAUGACAUAAUCGGCAACGAAAGAGACUUCCGGUCAUUUACAAAUAACGGCGCCGGACAAAUAGGUGUUAUUGGUGAAUUUGAUCAGGGUAUUCCAAUAGAUUUUUCAAAGUUACAAGCGAUAGAUCGUCUAGACUUUCCACUUGAUGGAACUCAGAGAAUUCCAGAGAUGCUUGAGCCCGAAUUGUCUCUGAUGGAUUCUAUUCCGGAGAUGAACGGACCCGCUUUAAUUGAUCCUGGUCUCGGAGCAAGCAACAGGGGUAGAUUUCUCGGAAUAAACGCUCCGGAUAUGGCUCCUGUUGGAUUAGAUACAAAUGCCCUCCAAGACUUGAGUGGUCUGGUUGGCGGACCAUUUGACCCAAUUUUGGAUAUCGGAGCAGGCAGGGCGCCAUCUUCAAAGUCUAGGAAAAAAUCAAAAAGUCCGAAAAAAGUAACGGAAACGGUGGACAUCAAAGUGGAUGUAAUCAAGAAAGGCGGCAAUAAGAAACCAGAAAACGGUAACAGAAAAGGUAGACACCCUGGCGCAAAGGGAGUCAUGCAAUCUGGAUCAGGAUCUGUACCAUUUGGUGCUAAUCCAGGUGGGGCUGGAUUACUGCCAGGCGAUAUCGUCGACCCCUCGGCAUUUUUCGGUGGUGCCUCUGGUGGGGGCGGCAGGGGUCGAGGUAUUGGGGGCCGUGGCGCACUAGUAGACCAAGGAAUGGAAAACCCGCUCGGAAUAUUAAUGGACGGACAAAUUAAUGGCGCAGGCGCAGGAGGUGUACAUGGUGAUUUUGGAGCUUCCGGUGGUCUCAUUUUCCAGGGGGGUCCCCAAGACGCUCUUGGCAUUGACGCAAUUGCUGGAAUUCCCGGAAAUAUUGAUUUGCAAAAUGGACAUUUUGGACCCGAAUCAAUCCAAGGAGUUGGUGCCUCCGGUACAGGAGGGAAGUCAGGAAUAAUCGGGUUUGAUGGGUUGGUAGGACAAUCAGGAGGACUAGGGCUUGACGCCUUCCCAGCAGACGCAGGAGCUUUAGGAGUAGGAGCAGGAGCAGGAAAUCAGGCUUUCGAUAAUCAGGGCUUAAUUGAUCCUAUGCUUCAAGCCAGCAAUGGAUUCAAUGACCAGAUGACAUUUCUAGAUCCGACACAACCAAACGGUGGACCCCAUGGUGAAAUACCCAUGGGUCCUGAUGCUCAACAUGCCGGCGCAUCCGCUUCCGGUGGAAACAUUAACCUGGAUCUUGCCUCUCUACUUCCGGGAGAUGUGUUAGGUGGACUGGAUUUAACAGGCGGAUCCAAUGCACAUGGCGGUGUUUCAAACAAAAAUAUGGGGGGUCCUGGAGAGCAAGGACAUUCUGGUGGAGGAGUUAUAGGACUUGCCGACCUAGGGGGCGCUGCGAGCGGGAAAGGUGGUGCUUCAGGUGGAAAUGGUAGAGAGACAAUGGAAUCAUGUUUAUCUAGGGGUGAAGAACUCUGGUGUGACGCAAAACCCUCGUGGGGAAGCACUCCCGGGGUCCAGGGGUGGUGUAACACAAACUGUCAAAAUGGCGCCUGUAAUUAUGAAAGGUGCGAAUGCUCUUGUAUCUCGGGUGCGGAAUUUGACUUCCGGAUGAGCUCUUCCGCUUCACAAAAGUUCUGAAAUCGACUUAUCUAAAUUAAGAUCUACAAAAUUGAAAUUUUUGAUGAGUUUUUUUGUUUGAAUCCGGGUUGAGAGCAUAUAUUUAUAUAUUUGAUAGCACGUAGUACGUGCACUGGAAACCAGUUAGCCCAAUAGAAUUAACGGCAGUAACUCUUUUUUUUACAAAGGGCAAAAUUGAUACUUUCUCUAAAAUAUAGAACAUGUAUAAACAAACAACAACAAUGGCCUAAAUAGCAACAAAAUCACUAAUUGCUUCUGUAUUAAUAAGGAAUGAUCAUUAACUUACCCGGGAAUAGUUUUCUUGACCUUAUUUGAUUCUUGUAUUAGACGUUGAUGAACACUAAAAUUGUCGAGUUACGGGGGCAUAAUGAUAAAUGGAAAGAGGUGAUGUAUGUAUUCUGGACGUUUUUAUAUAUCAGCACAUCGCCUGGUCGUGAAAAACGAUAAGAUGACAACGAUUUUUUUAGAGCCCAGUUGCGCCUUCUCUGGGGCUGAUCUUAUACUUGCGGGUUUGUGGUUUUGGGCUUUUGAACAAAGAAACAAAAAAAUAAUACUGCCUAGAACAGAUUCGACUAUAGACAUAAAAAGAAGAUACGGCCAUUAAAUCUGUACAUACUAAAAGUUGUUGGACUGUUUAUCUUUCGAGUGCAGCAGCGAAUGUUUUAAGAACAAUCAAUUCAAACCAUCAGUCUGAGUGUACUUAAUAACUUAUAUGAACUGUAUGUAAUAUAGCUAUUUUAUCGAUAAAAUAUAUAGUGCUUUAGUACAAGUCGCCACGAACAUAUCAUUCAUAACUAUAACAAAUAAUUUAUGAAGGACUGUGGUAUUUUAUGACACGUUCUGCCUAUGCUUGGUGGAGAACAGUUGCAAGGACUUAUAUGAUCAUUAUUAUUUUAAAGUCAUGCAUUCAAAUCCCCCCCCCCCCCACCUUUGACUUGUUUGUUUUAUAUAUUGUUAUUGUUCUUUUGUUUAGUUCAUUGUAAUUAUUAGUUAAAUAAUAAAAACAAUGAUUUUUUUUUUUUCAUUGUCAAUGUUUUUUUUUUCGGAGAAUAUUUCUUAUUAUUUUAUGAUAAGCAGAUAAUUUACAUGUAUAAUUUGGUGUUCUGCAAGGUUGUCCAUUUAUACCACCAUGUUUAAGCAGUGUCUCGUAUGAGGAAUAAAAUUUGAUAAAACUAGAUUUUUAAAAUAAUUUAUAUAUAAAGUAUCGUGUAUUUCGUAGAAAGGGGGGCGGGGCUUUAAUUUUAACAAUCUACACAAGAUAAUGUUAUUGAUGUGUUAUUUUUUAGGAUACUUUUUUUAUUGAUUUCGUUUCAUAAAUGAUGUACAAAAAGGUAAAGGCGUUUAAAAAUUAUAUCAAA